AUGAAUGGUCGACUUCAAAGCGUGCUCAGAUCACCAUUAAUGCGGAACAACCAGUUGAAUCACAUUGAGAACGGUGUGAAACACCAUCAUCGGCGGAGGGACUCGAACGGUCUGCCAAGGAUCGUCCAGUUCGAUGAGAGUGCGGAUGAGUACAGGUGCUUCUGUAGCUGUUUGCAUAUUAAGACGGGUACACUUGUCAUUGCGGGUGAGUUUUUUUUAAUUUUUUUUUAAUUGGAAAGAAAGUUUUUUGCAUUUUUGUUUUGUAAAGAAAGUUCUUGCCUUUUUUAGCUUUGUAAAGAAAAUUCCUGCCAUUUUUUGUACUGUAAACAAAGUUCUUGUCAUUUUUACAAAAAAUACUUGUAGGUAUUGAAUUCUUCCUAAUAUUAUUCUUCUUCAUCAACUCAUUCUUGGUGAGUUUACAACAAAAAGAUAGCUACAAUUACAAGCACGGUGACCGAACAACCGACUACGUUCAUGUAGCAUUCAUCAUAACAGCCGUAUGUUCAGUUAUAUCAACAUUAUGCGUGUUAAUGAUGGUAAUUGGAGCGCUGAAAAAUGUUGGGAGUUUACUUAUACCUCAUAUGAUCAUUCAGGUAUGGACAUUACUGAAGUUUUUUUGGCUUACUCUACCCUACCCUACCCUACCAUACCCUACCCUACCCUACCCUACCCUACCCUACCCUACCCUACCCUACCCUACCCUACCCUACCCUACCCUACCCUACCCUACCCCUACCCUACCCUACCCUACCCUACCCUACCCUACCCUGCCCUACCCUACCCUACCCUACUCUACCUUACCCUACUCUACCUUACCCUACCCUACCCUACCCUACCCUACUCUACCCUACCCUACCCUACCCUGCCCUACCCUACCCUACCCUACCCUACUCUACCCUACCCUACCCUACCCUACCCUACCCUACCCUACCCUACCCUACCCUACCCUACCCUACCCUACCCUACUAGCAUACUUUAAAUCUUAUCGUACUCUUUAUCGUAUCUUAUUGUUAGUAGAGCCGGUUGCACCUCAUUUCUUACAGUAUCAUAGACACUACCGUACAAUAAAUCUUAGCGUACUUUGCCUCCAAAAGCACUCUUGUUGUCACGAUACUCUGAAUUUUACUAUGUGUUAGUACCAAUAGUAAGGUAUAAAAGCUUUACCGUACUUGGAGUCUCACUGUUCCGUAGCGUUAGACAUUAUAACACUACUAUUUUUUGCCUUCCCCAAGUGUUUUUCGUUGUUUUACCCUUCUAAUUCUACUUUUCUUUCAGGUUUUAACAAUCCUCACGUUAGGCCUAUUAAUAAUCCUUGGAAUAGUGGCCGUAUCUACCGACCUAGCCAUUUGUUAUCGUGUAUUCAACGCCGCACCGUUCCACGAGCAUCCUCAACAAAGUACAGUGGCCUUGGAUACGAAUACGAUGCUCAGGGUGUAUUUCGUACUUGGCAUGGAAAUCUUAACAUUUGUGUUGGAGAUCUACUUUCUACUAGUCAUUUACAAUUGUCAGCAAUAUUUUGUGGAACGACGACAGUACAUGAAGUACUGUAUGGCUUACUCGAAGCCUAUGGAAACACUUAAUAGUGCACGGUGA